UGAGUUUUAGAAUGGUUGCAAAAGUUUAAUCCUCUGUUCGCGAAAGAAUUGCCCAAGGAUUACAACCAUUAAACCAGUCAGUCAUGUGUUAGUGAUGUCAUUUCCCAAGUAAACAGAGGCUGUCAAAAUAGUGAAAGAUGCCUAUCCUAUUUUGUACCGUGGCACGAGGAACGACAGUCCUUGCUAAGUAUGCAAGCUGUGCAGGAAACUUCACUGAAGUUACGGAACAGAUCCUUGCAAAAAUUCCACCAGAUAACUCCAAACUUACAUAUUCACAUGGAAGUUACUUAUUUCAUUACAUCUGUGAGGAUAGAAUAGUCUACCUCUGUAUAACUGAUGAUGAUUAUGAAAGAGCCAAGGCAUUCUCAUUUUUGUCAGAAAUCAAAAGAAAGUUCCAGAUGCAGUAUGGUGUGCGGGCACAGACUGCACUACCGUAUGCAAUGAACAGUGAGUUCAGCCGAGUAAUGGCAACACAGAUGAGAGUGUCAUCAGAUAGCAGUAGUAAUUCAGCAGAUAAAGUGGAAAAGGUACAAGGCCAAGUGGAUGAAUUGAAAGGACCUCUUGUUAUUAUUUCAGAUCAAAUAGCAGAUAGAGGUGAAAGAUUGGAACUUUUAGUGGACAAAACAGAAGAUCUCAGCGCUAAUGCUGUUACUUUUAAGAAAACCAGCAGGAAUCUUGCACGAUCACUCUGGUGGAAAAAUAUUAAGAUAACUAUCAUAAUUGCUGUUGUUAUAAUUGUUGUAAUAUACUUCAUAGUAUCAGCUGCAUGUGGAGGGUUAGAUUGGCCAUGCACGAGAAAAUGAUAAUGAACAGUUACCUUAUAGUGUCACGUGUAUAAAGACAACAUGAUUACAGAUACAACUGCAGUAUCUAGUGUUUAUUCUCUUGUGAUAACAGCCCAAUUUAUUGAAGAAAAAAAUCAUAAUUAAGAAUUCAGUGAAUGUACAGUCAUGUGCCAGAUCAAAAGUUCACUAAACCAUUUUUUCGCCACAGACUUGCAAUGCAUUUCAAGGCUGUAUGAAAACUGCUAUUUUCUAUUAAUACUUAACACGUAGUGCGACAAAACAGCACAAAUUUGAAUUUUAGAUUUUUCCAAUGGAAUUUUGUAAACUGACAAAAUUAGAUUUUAUUAUUUCCGUCAGGUAGUAUUCUGUAUGAUGUACAUUGGUUUUAAUAAACAGUCAAAGUUCAUUUGCUCGAACUCAUAUAGAGAGAUUUUGCUCGGACUCGAUGAUGAGACGAGCUAAGGGUGGUGUUCAGAUUGUCCGAGUUCGAGCAAAUGAGGUUCAACUAACUGUAUUUUACAGGUAGCAUAAUAGUUUUCAUUUUGUAUGUUUGAAUCAUUUAGAUAUAAUGAAGUGCAAAACAGUAGUGUUUAUGAAAAUAUGAGAAAUAUAUUUGAGUCUUUAGGUAAAAUUGUAUAAUAAAUAUCGGUGGAGCACAUGACUGCAGUGGGUUGGGACAUGUUGACGGGAGGCAGUGUCCUAGAGCUAAAUUUAUAAUGCAGAGAAGAGAAUCGAUGUUGGGAACACUUAACAUACAGACAAUCUCAUACACUGUGUAUCAUUAUAUUUGAAUAUUUGCAUACAUUUUUUAUGACCCCCUAGGGAGGCUUAUUUUACUCCAGCUGUUCUUCAAUAUGUUAGUUAAUCUGUCUAUCUGAAAAGCCUAGUGUCUUGGCUAUAACUCGUAACUCUAUUAGAGAGAUUCCAAUGAAACUUGACACAAAUGAUGAACAUGAGAAGGUUUUUUUUUUUUUGUUGAGCAAGAGUCAUACCUUUACCUCCAAUGACAUGCUAAAAUGGAAGGAAUGUAAGUCUUGAUACUUACUCUUCAGCAAGAGCACUCAACUUCAGGGGUAUUCACACAUACUAGAGACAUUUAUUAUUUUGAAAAACAAAGGAUUUUUUUUUCAUAGUUUACAGAAAACAGAAAAGACUAUUUUCAAAAAUUCAACGUUUAGUUACUAUGGAUAUUUGAUCAAUACUGUUGUAGUAAUGUAGUGAUGUAGUAUGGGUUGUACAGUAACUUAACUUCUUAAAGCCCCAGUUGAUGUAUAUCAAGUAACUUAUAAAAUUUGGGGUUAAUUAUCGGUACCAGUGUUGGUUUUGACCAAAACACACAGUCGAUGACCAUUUAUUUAUACUUGAACAUUUACCAGAAUAUUGUUACUGAAGCAAUUGAGUUGUCACCUUUUGCUAAUUUGUUGGCCAGUUGAGUUAAGUGUUUGUUUACAUUCUAGUGACCUCUGGACAAAGGUUAUUGGGAAUUGAAUAUGGGUUGCAUUAGGAUUAUGGGCUAUAUUGAUAUGUAUGUGAAGUCUUAAUCUAUGUCAAAGUUAAUUUUGUUAAUAGCAACCUGACUAACAGGUAGAUGAUUCCUGUAGGAAAGGUCAGAUUCAAAAUAAACAUAUGGCUGAUGAAUUCAACAUUAUAUAUCCAGGAUAUAAUCCUUAUCAUGCUGGACACGAUUUGUUCUGCCAUUUCGACCAGUGUAGAUCAUAAUCAGCCAGCACAUCUGUGCAGUCUGAUCAUGAUCUGCACUGUUUGCCAUUCAUUCUGUAUCUUUUUGGCAAGCUCCCCUUUAAACAGUUAAUGGUAUGGUCCAAAAUGAAAGAAUGGACAAGUUCAUUAUAGAAAUUCAGCAGGGUAAUAGUUAAAAUGAUUUGAUUUAUUACAUAUCCAUUUGGUUAAAUGCAUGUGUUCUAUUAAUUUGAUUCUAUAUACCUUUAUAAGGGUUUUAAAAAAAUUCUAAAUUAUAUUUAUAGCACUUUCUUUUUUUUGCAUAAUAUAUGCAAUUUUUAUUGCAUUUUGUGUAAUGCACAUUCAAGUAUGCAAAAAUUUUCAGUUUGGAAUGUAUUGCACAACAUGUUGAUAUAAAUUGAAGGUUUCGGAAAAAAAAAUACAUAGAUGGAAGUAUUCAAGUUUGUCAGAUAAUGCCUGUUAAGGUAAAAAAAAAAACAGCUAUUCUGUACAAAAAGGGUUUUUAAGUAUGUCCUGCAAAUUUAACUUUUAACAUAUAUUGUCUGUACAUGCUUUUUUGUUCAUGAAAGUAUUUAAAAGAUUGAAUGCAGAAUGUGUGAAUACACCAUUUUAGCCAUACCAUGAGAAAACCAACGUAAUGUCUUUGUUACCAGCAUGGAUCCAGACCAGCCUGUGCAUCCCUGCAUUCUGAUAAGGAUCCAUGCGGUUCACUAACAGUUUCUCUAAUUGCAAUAGGAUUUGAAAGCUAACACAAUGGAUCCUGACCAGACUGCGCAGAUGCGCAGGCUGGUCUGGAUCCAUGCUGGUUGCAAAGCCAGUAUAUUAGUUUUCUCAUGGCGUGGCUCAUUUUUAUCCUGCACAUCAUCAGUCAGACAAACUGCACUGACAAUUGUAAUUUGUCAAUUUCCUAUCUUAAUAAGACUUUUUUGCUUGAUGUCCAGGGCCCAUAUUCAUAAAGCUCCAAAGGGAAAAUUUUCCCUAAGGGACUAACUAAGGGAAAUGUUCCAAAGCAUUUUGUGAACAAUCGUCAAGAUAGUUGGAAUGUCUAACAAUAUUGUCUUAUAGAGUCUGGCAUAGUAAUGAAGAUUAUCAAUAAAUCUUAUAAAGUUUACACUUUUCUUUUGUGCUAUGUUGUUUAGGAAAUUUUACAAAGUUAAGGAUUUUUCUAGGUUUUCUCCUUAGGAGCUUAAUGAAUACGAGCCAAGACCAUUUGAAUGACAACUGUUGGAGAGUUGUUUAGCAAAGGAACCAAUACAGCUCCUUAGAAUGAAUGAAUGAAUGAGUUGGGUUUUAACGCAAAUCAACACAAAAAGGUCAUAUAUCUCCGAGAAAAACGAUGUUAUGUGUUAAAACCUGUCAGAAUGUUAUAAUGUAUAAAAUACUCCGCUACAUUUGACUUUUGAAACCUUGUGACCUUAGCUUUAUUUAAAUAUAUUACUGGUUGAUGGAACAGCCUGUUAACCUUUACCUUAAUGAUGGCAAUUUAGCCGGGUACAGGUUAAAUACCACUUCUUUCUGUGUAGCACCACUGUUGUAAACCUGGUUAGUGGUUACAUACUGGGCUCAUUUUAAUUUGUUGUGUUGAAGAAACAUAUUUUCAUGAAUAUAUGUUAAAAGUGUGGCGUUUUCAGUAAAAUAGGGCUUACUGAAAUAAAUGGGCUAGUUCCUAGUUUUUGUACAUACAACUGGAUUUUUUUCAUCAAAGAUUUAUUGUAUAUAAAUUUUCAUUUAUAUUCAGAAUUCAUUAACAUAUACUUGCUAUGUUCCAUAUUAAACACAUUGUGCUUAUGAUUAUUAUUUAAUAAAACACACACUUUUGUUAUUACUUGUA